CGCAGUUUUAUCCUUAACUGAUAAAAUAAGAAAAAACUGCAUAACGAGUUAUGUUUCUUUUAGUUUUGUAUUGUGUUUUAAGUUUAAGUUCCGUUGUAUACAGUGUUAAUGUGGAGCGAGGUUCUUCAGAAAAUGGUUUUCUAUGGAUAAUGGCCAAACAACUAGACCGACUAGAAAACAAAGUCCAGGAAAUGCAGAAACAGUACAGUACGGAAAUUAAAUCAGUUAAGGAAACAUUAUUAAAACAAAGUCCGUCCAUAGUGACGUUUCUAGCACGUUUGGUCUCACCAGGCGAUAUUGCGGCUAAAGCUACUGUAAAGUUCGAAACAAUAAAAGAAAAUAUUGGGAAUGGAUACAACAGUGGAACAGGGAUUUUUACUGCUCCAACCAAGGGUCUCUAUCAUUUCACAGCUUCAGCAAGACAAAGCAGAAGUGGAUAUUUGCACUUAGGAAUGUUCCGAAACGGAGAAGAAAUGGCAGUUUCUGUUGCAAUGGAUUACCAGUCUCUAACAAUUGGUACAACAUUUACACUUCAAUCUGGUGACCGUGUUUACGUCAAGAACAUAUGGUCUCGAGCCUCUGGCAUCGUUGGCGCUGGACAAACCUAUUUCUCUGGUAGUCUUUUACACAAAAUGUAAAGAAUAUAAUCAUUAAAUAAAAUAUUUGUUUUUUG